CGCCCCGCCCACCGGAGCAGCAGCAGCGGCUGGUAGCGCAAGCCUCCCGUGUUCGGGCUGAAAUGUGAAACAUUCCCGAGGUGCACCGACGCAAACACCGGGAUUAUCGAUGAUCGGCGCUCAUUCGCGCGGAAAAAGCCGCCGAGCAGCCGCCAAGCGUGACCCGCGACCCGGUUCGGCCUCCAGUCCGCCCGAGUGUGUGUUACCGAUCCGAACCGCAUUCGUCGAGCCUCCCGAGCGCCGAUAUCGGCCCGGUUAACGGGUGUGCGUGCGUGCGUGCGUGCGUGCGUGUGUGUGUGUGUGUGUGUGUUGAUGCACUGACACACACACACACCGCUGGUUGUUGUUGUUGUUGUAAAGUUAUCGGUCCGGUCCAUCCUGGUGAUCCGGGUCUCUGCAGAAGCAGCGCGAGCUCGGAUGGAUGCGUGACGCGGACUCGCCCCGGGAUCAGGAUGGAGAACCCGCAGAGAAACAGCCCUGUGGUCAGAGAGCUGACCCGAGCCUUCAGCCACUACAACAAACACAACGUGUUCCUGAAGAAGAACCUGAAGGAGACCCUCACCUUCUUCCGCGAGAUCCGACAGACCCACAGCAGCACCUGCAGCAGCACACCUGCGGCGCUGGACACAGGUCAGCUCAGCUGCAUCUCGCUCCCGCGUCACGAGGAGGACUAUCUGCAGAAUGUGGUCGGGAGCGCCCCCUACAUCCUCGUCCUGGGCCAGGACUGUUCGGCCCGAUACCAGCUGCUCAACUGCCUGCUGGGAGAGAGGCUCCUCCCCCUGGGCUCGGAGGUGGGCGGGGCCUGUGGGCCGGAGGGCGGGGCCUGCAGGAGGAGGAAGCUGUGCUUCACGCACGGCCGUCAGACGCGCUUGAGCCUGGCGCUGCCGGGGCAGUAUGAGCUGGUGCAUCAGCUGGCGGCUCACUGCGGACGCUGGGACACGGUGCCAUGCGAGGAUCUGGAGAUCCAGGAGUGCGAGGAUCCCGCGCAGCGAUUGGCCGAGCUGGAGAUCACGCUCCAUCACGCGCUGCUGCAGGAGGUGAAGAUCAUGGUGCUCCCGUGCCGCGGCGUGCAGCCAGUGGAGGAGGCUCUGGAGGACUGCAGGCGCGGCAUCCUUCCCAUCAUCCUCUACGCCGUCAGUAAGGACUCGCUGAGCGCCGAGCAGGUGAGCGACCUGCAGAAGGUGCACGAGACGCUGCCGUUCCCCGUCUGCUUCGUCCGGGCCCCCAGCGGCCCCUCGGACCCCGAGCCGUCCCCCGGCGCCCUCUACAGGCAGCUGCUGUCUCUGGAGCUCGUGGGCGGAGCGGCGGGAAACUGCGCCUGCGGGGCUCCGGCACAGACGCAGAGCAUUGUGGGAGAGAGUCUGGAGCGUCUGCAGCGUGUGCUGGGGCCCUUCACUCGACAGCUGCUGCAGAGCCAACAGGUGGAGGCCGCGACGCUGCUGAACGCCGUCCACUGCCGCUGCCUCGACCUCUUCAUCAACCAGGCGUUCGACAUGCAGAGGGAUCUUCAGAUCACGCCGCGGCGGCUGGAGUACACUCGAGAGAAGGAGGGCGAGCUCUUCAGCUCUCUGAUGGCCAUCGCCAACCGCAAGCAGGAGGAGAUGAAGGACAUGAUCGUGGAGACGCUGAGCGGCAUGAAGGAGCAGCUGCUGGAGGACGCCGCCAACCUGCACUUCACAGACAUCAUCAUGUCGUCUAACGGUGAGCCGGUGAGCUCGAAGGACAUUAAGAUGUGCAUCAGUCAGAUCCAGGACCUGAUCGUGGUGCGACUCAAUCAGGCUGUGGCUAAUAAACUGACCAGCUCAGUGGACUACCUGAGAGAGAGCUUCGUGGGGACACUGGAGAGAUGCCUGGGCAGUCUAGAGAAGAACACAGCCGAGUCCUCCAGCAACGUCACCUCCAACCACCUCAAACAGAUCCUGAACGCAGCGUAUCACGUGGAGGUGACCUUCCACUCGGGCUCCUCCGUCACCAGGCUCUUCUGGGAGCAGAUCAAGCAGAUCAUCCACCGCAUCACGUGGGUCAAUCCUCCGUCCGUCUCGGCCGAGUGGAAGCGCAAGGUCGCGCAGGACGCCAUCGAGAGCCUGAGCGCCGCCAAACUGGCCAAGAGCAUCUGCUCUCAGUUCAGGACCCGACUCAACAGCUCCCACGAGGCCUUCGCCGCCUCGCUCCGACAGUAUAUUAGUUUUGUCUCUUCUAUUGAGAGUCAUUGGUGUUGUUACCGUGAUGAAAGUCCUGUACUGAUGUGUGUGUGCCUGGAGAGCCGAUCGCUGCGAGACAUUCUGCUGCACGGAAAGCCGAAGAUGGGCCGUGAGCUGGGCCGUGGUCAGUACGGUGUGGUGUAUAUGUGUGAUAGCUGGGGUGGACGUCACCCGUGUGCCCUAAAGUCAGUCGUUCCUCCUGACGACAAGCACUGGAACGACCUCGCGCUGGAGUUCCACUACACACGGUCUCUGCCUAAACACGAACGUUUAGUGAAUCUCCACGGGUCGGUUAUCGACCACUCGUACAGCGGCGGCUCCAGUAUUGCGGUUUUGCUGAUUAUGGAGCGAUUACACCGAGAUCUCUACGCGGGACUGAAGGCCAGUCUGUCUCUGAAGGAGCGUCUUCAGAUCGCUCUGGACGUGGUGGAGGGGAUUCGGUUCCUGCACAGUCAGGGUCUGCUGCAUCGUGACAUCAAGCUGAAGAACGUUCUGCUGGACAAACAGAACCGGGCGAAGAUCACUGACCUGGGCUUCUGUAAACCCGAGGCCAUGAUGUCCGGCAGUAUCGUGGGGACGCCCAUCCACAUGGCACCAGAACUCUUCACAGGUCACUAACCGGUCGCUUUCUGCGCCAUUCCUUACA